AGAGGACGCUGCACAAGCAACCUUCCCUCGCGCGCGCGCCCCCCCCCCGUCUCUAUGGAAACACGUUCCUUAGCAACCCCAGGAACCCAGGAGUGCGGCAGGACGAGCGCCCCCAAUUUCGGGAGGCUGAGGGAGGAAGAGAAAGGCUCUCCCGUGGGGCGCCAAGACGCCUCAGCUGCAGAUAAAUCUGCUUCAGGAAGAGAUGGGCAAGUCCAGCCACCAUCAGCAUUAAAAAUCUUACAACAGCAGUUGGAUUCAUUUCAAGCCCUUCGACAACAAACUUUGCAGAAUGUCAGCAUGGUUCAGUCUGAAAUCAACCAUAUACUUAAUAAAAAUAUAACUGAUAUGAAGAGCCCAGAAUUUAUUCCAGACAAUUUACUUUUGACCAGCUCGCCUAUCAACACUACUAUGCCAAGAGGGCAUCAAGAAGCGCUUCCGUUGAAGAAAAAAAUUCAUCUUGGUAACAGACCAGGUGCCAGUAAUUGUCUACAAACCAAUUUCAACACUGUAUUUGGAAAGCCGGUCACAGGUGAACGCAUUCCAGAUCAGGUUCUAUCAAAAUAUAUAACAGUUGAAAACCAUGCCCCAACGUGUAGAAAUAAAGGUAUUCUGCCUUGGAAUACUGACCAAAUAUUGAAGAGGUCUGCCAACAACUUUUCCUCCCCAUCUUUUGUUGGUUUGGAAGCAGAAGAGAGGACUCUUCGAAGGGAGAAGAAAAAUCAGGAUGAACCUAAAGUGUGUGUGGCAUUCCGUAAGUAUGAGGAGGAAGAAGAGGAGUCCUUGACUGAGAGUGUGAGUUCUUCUUUCAAGGAUACGAAAGAGGACGGCAAACAGACAUGUAAGCAUGAACUAUUUACUUUUGAACUUCAAAACUCUCCUAAUGUUAUGAGUGGUAAAGACAAUGAUUCUGGUUAUCUGUCAGAACAGGAUCUAAUAGAAAAGGGAAUGUCAUAUGAGGAUUUUAAACCUAGGGGGAUUUCAGAACUAGAGGAUUCCGAUGAGUUGCAUAUUAAAGAAAAUAUUGCACAAGCAGCAUAUGAUAGAAAGCGGCAGAUGAAUUUCCUGUCCAAAUACAGACCAACAAAGAUAGACCAACCAAGGCAGCAGCUUAGCACAAACCAAGAGCUCAGAAAGCACCAGGAAUUCUGUGGUGCUGUGUCUGAUGAAUAUGCUAAAAAAGUCAGAUGGUUAGAGACAUCUGACAGAGAAUCUCAACAUGUCUGUAAUAAGGUGAUGAGCCAUGAAGAUGAAAAUGAAUCGAAACCUCUUACUGACGUUAUACAGUCUCUGACAGAGCAAAAUUCAAAAUAUCAGAAGCAAAUCAAGGAUUUGCAUGAUGAGAAGAAUAGCCUUCAAGAAAGGCUAGUUAAAUCUGAAGAAGAUUGCAAGGAAUGCCUGAAAGAAGUGAAAAGACUACUGAAGAAAUGCAAGGAGUUUCAACAGCAAAAGUCAGCUCUGGAAGAAAAGCAGGAGCAGCUUUAUUCUGAGAAUCAACGUAUGAUGUCUGAGAUAAAUGAUUUACAACAGAAAGACCAGAAAACACAGGAAACUUUGGCUUUUUCCACACAUGAAAAAAGCGAUCUGAUUGUGUCCUUAAAAAAUUUGGAAAAACAAGUUUCAACCCUUCAAGAAGAAAAUAAGAAGCUAGGCGGGGAAGUACUUCAGCUAACAGACAACAAGGGCUUGUUAGAAAAGGUGGUUGGAGAAAACCAGAAUGAAAUGCAACAACUGAAGAUAAAUGAGAAAACAACACUAUCGAAUCUGGAGGCUCUUAUUAGGAUGACACAGUCGCUUAAAGAUGAAAAACAGAGUCUUGAAAAGGCAUUGCAGGAGGUGCUCACUGUGAAAGAAGUCCUGCAGAAGGGGCUUGAAGAGGCCCAGUCAGGCAGAACUAAUACUGAGGAAAAACUUCUGAUGGAACGCAAAAGUACAAAAAUAGAAAUUGGAGUUUUGAAAACUAACUUGUCAAACAUGGAACGAGAGUGUGAGAGGAUGAGAAUGGUAGUAGCAGACAUGACAGACGAAAACCACGUUCUUAAAAAGGAGCUGAAUGCAUAUAAACAGGAGGCUUCUGACUGCAGAAAUAAAACAAGGCUACUGAGCGAGCAGCUCCUGCUGAUGGAAAAUGAAAUACGCUCUACAGAGAACGAGAGAGAUGUGUUGCAGUUUGAAGCGCGCCGUCUCCAAAAGAAUAAUGCUAGCCUCAGGGACCAAGUUACGGCUUUGGUCGAUCAACAAUUUAAGCAAAGGCAUAAUGCCAGAAGCCAAAAGCAAAACGACCAAUUUGCAGAUCCCAGUGAAAUCUGUGAAGAAAUAUCUAGCUAUCAGCAUAUUUCUUUAAUACAUAACUCACCAGAGUGUGGAAAGAUUUCUGAAAUCCGAAAGAAACUGGAAGAGGAGGAACUCUAUACAGAAAAGAAGCGCAACACCACCAAGAAGCUCUACAGUGCUUUUUCAGUCAGCUGCACCACAUCCGUCAUAAAAGAGUCGGGUUUUCCAACUGCUGUGCGGAAGAAAUAUAGCACUAUUUGCUCUGCUACUUAGUGCUUUAAGGGUUCUGCCCACAGAAGUUAAGCACUACUCUAUUUUCCAAUGGUUGUGCCUGAGAAGCAUAACAAAGAGCAGAGCAAUCAGAAAUCUAAGUACUAUGAAAGAAACUAACAAGGUUGUAGAUGAGAAAGAGAUUUGAGCUGCACACACAUAAUACAUAUUUAUGGUUACUUUUAUACUAUUCCCAUUCGUUUCAGCUGGAGCUUUUUCCUCAAAGAAUGAAACACCUGACAAUGUUUUGAAUGAUAUUUUAUGCUAUUUCAAUUCUAAGAAAGGAGGUAAUCAUCUGAGCUUUGUCAUAAUUGUUCACUGAAUAUAAAAGGAGGCAAACUGGAAAUAAAGACAAUUUCUGGUGAAAUGUAAAACUUGA